AGCUGACAGUUGAAUGAGAACAGAGAGAAAGUCAGUCUUCGAUAUGAGACUAUCUCACCGUCCUCGCCUUUGCCACGACUUCUGAGAAGGGCUCAGGCCUGUUUGGAGAACUCCUUACUUCUGGUACUGCUUAGGGCAUAAGUAACAUACAAACAGAGAAGAGAAACCUUUAUGGUCUGUGUCUGUGGAAGGAGGCCCAGAGCACUGAAAACUCAUCCAGAACCAAGAGUGGCAGGAAGAAAGUUGUGUGACAAAAAAAGAAGAAAGAACACAUUUGGGAUACAAACUUGCAGAGAAAACAGGCUCUUUGCACAGACAGAAAAUGAGAGAGUCACCUUGAGAAGAAUGGAUUCUGAAGAGAGGGUGAGAGAUUUUCCUCGUGUUUCAACUUUCAGGAGGGCAUCAGUGUGGUAGAAAGGCCUGAAAGUGGCCCAGGACCAUGGAAGCAUCAGUGCUGAGCCCUACAUCCUGGGAAAAACGAAGGGCCUGGCUACGACAGAGCCGUAACUGGCAAAUCCAGGUCCUGGAAGAGGAGGCUGCAGCUGCCCUUCAGGAUGCACUGGAUCCCGAGCCUUCCAGCCUGGAUGAUGUUUUCCAGGAAGGGAAUCCAAUCAAUAAGAUCGAGGACUGGCUGCAGGGCUGUGGAGACACUGAGGAGGGACUUUCUGAAGAAGCAGGGCAAUCCAACUAUAACGGGUACUCUAGCCAUGGGACCAGCUUUGAAGAUGACUUGAGUCUUGGAGCAGAUGCCACACUACUGGCCACCAAUGGAAACCUCUUCUCCAGGAAUUUUCUCCAGACACCCAGGCCUUGCCAAUUACUUGAUCUUGGCUGUAGUUUGGCUUCCAGCAGCAUGACUGGUGGGACCAACAAAACUAGUUCAAGCAUCUCAGAGAUUUUGGACCAGGUACAAGAAGAUGCAGAAGAUGUCCUCUUCAGUCUGGGCUUUGGCCAUGAGGACCACAAAGAUACAUCUCGUAUCCCUGCAAGAUUUUUCACCAACCCCUCUCAGGCCAAGGGCAUUGAUUUCCAGCUCUUCCUGAAAUCUCAGAUGCAGAGGAUUGAGAUGGAGGAUCCCUGCCUGAUGCUGGCCAGCCGGUUUAAACAGGUGCAGACAUUGGCUGUCACUGCUGAUGCUUUCUUCUGUCUCUACUCCUAUGUGUCUAAGACACCUGUCCAAAAGUUCACGCCUUCCAACAUGUUCUGGAAUUGUGACCCAACUGAUGUGCCAUCCAUCAGGAUUCUGGCUCCAGAGCCUGAACCCCACUCACCCAGAGAACGUCUACGGAAAGCAAUCUCUAAAAUGUGCCUGUAUACAGGUUCCCGAGAUCGGCUGUUACCAUCUCACACUAACCCCAAAAGGAACAGUUUGGACCAAGUUGUGUGGGAAGUGAUGGACAGAGUAAAAGGAGAGAAGCUAGGUCUCCAGCAAGGCCCAGGGCAUGGGCAAGCACCUCAGGAAGAGUCUGCGCCCCCAGGACAAAAUACAAAGCUGUCCACCUCUUCUAUUCCAUGUGUUUUCUGCCCUAAAGAAGAAACUGAGGGAGAUAUGUGCUGUGCUCAUGCUCUAGCCAGCACAGGUCCACAGUGCGACACAGACUCUGCACAGAUAAGGAGAGAGCUGUGGGGUCUACAGGCCAUCAAUGAGAAGCCCCAUUCAGCUGAGAAGCAGAGUCCAUGGGAAAGAAAAGGCAAAGCAAGAAAGAGCCUAUUUCAAAGUCCUCCCUUGGACAAGAAUAUUAAAUCACUGGACUUGUCCAUCAUACAGAAGAAACGAAAACAGAGCCAAGCCAGACAUGAACUACACCAAUCUCUAACUCAGCAGCUUCAGGGUGCUUCUGACUUGGAGCAGGUACAAAACAACAGUGAAGAAGAGAACUGUCACUCACCCAGCAGAGCCAGGCACCCCUACUUCUACCACACUUCCCUUGGAGAAGACUCAAGAAGCUUUCUUGACCAUCAACAUAGCACAAUCUGACAACAUGGCUUCACAGAAGAGCCAAACUAACAUCUCAUCCUGCAGUUAAGUUGCAUCAUCCUCAGCAACCAGCUCCUACUCUCUGCCUCUCCAAGCCUUUUACAUCAUAGGAGUGCAGCAGCGCUGGACACUGAGAUGAAGACCAGACAGAGAGAAUUGGACAGUGCAUCCUAAUGAUGGUGUAAUUGUACGCAUAGAGAUAGACUUCCAUGUAACUUCAUUUCUGCACAAGCUACUUUCUCUCCCUGGUGGAUGCUGCUCACAUGAUAUGGAUAUGGGCAAACUGAACAAAGACUUGAUUCUUUCCGAAGCUCUGACACUGACAAAGACAGAAGACAAAUGAAUAGUCAUCUUCUGGGGGCAGAGUUUAUUCUUUAAUUCUGUUAAAAGGCCAAAGCUACAAGAAAAAGGAGAAAUUCUAACUUCAUGCUCAAAGAUUUUGUGUGCUUUCCUGUGGACCUCUACUCAUCCCUAAGUAUUAGCUAAAUUCCUGCUGAUCUUCCACGAAAUCAGAGUUUUAUUUUCUUCUUGAUGUUUCACAUAAGGAUAUAUCCUUGGAACAUUUCCCUUAAACACACUUCCUCUCUAUUUCCAAAUUUCUGUGCCCUCCUAGAAAAAAAUAGAUGACUUGUCCUCAGGGUCCUUUCUCUUAAAAGACAAACACACACCCACAAAGAAAAACAGACAAAAGCAAAAUUUUCUGCUGGCAGAGAACAACACAAAUAAAAAUAACUUCCAAAUUGUAGCAGA